AUGAAUUUUCUCAGGACGCAAAUACUCGGAAACAGCUCCCGUUUACUCAGAUCUCAAGCCAGAGCCAUGCAUAUCCAAUCGAUUCCUAUGUGGACGGGGAAGGGCAACAACUAUGCCUACCUAGUGACCGAUGAGCCGACCAAGCAGUCUGUGAUCAUUGAUCCUGCUAAUCCCCCAGACCACUGGGAUCAUGCUGGCGGCAAUGAUGAUAUUUUGAGCCAGUUCAAGGGCCUCCAGGUCAUCGGUGGCAAGGACUGCGCGUCUGUUACCAAAACCCCAGCGAAUGGGGAAACAUUCAAGAUUGGAGACCGGAUCUCUGUCAAGGCUCUGUACACCCCUUGCCACACACAAGACAGCAUUUGCUUCUAUAUGCAAGACGGGGAUCAGCGCGUUGUGUUCACCGGUGACACCCUUUUCAUCGGCGGAUGUGGCCGAUUCUUCGAGGGCAACGCACAAGAGAUGCACACGGCUUUGAACGAAACCCUUGCAGCUUUGCCUGACGACACCAAGGUUUACCCUGGACACGAAUACACCAAGGCCAAUGUCAAGUUCUGUAUUGCUGUUUCGCAGACUGAGCCGAUCAAGAAGCUCCAGGCUUUUGCCGAGCAGAACCAGGAGACCCAAGGCAAAUUCACCAUUGGUGAUGAGAAGGACCCCGAGAUUCACAAGGUCACUGGCAAGACCGACCCGGUGGAAGUGAUGGCAGCGCUGCGGGAGAUGAAGAACUCUAUGUAA